AUGGAUAUAACUUCACGCGGUACACGUGACACUCUUCCUUCUCGACGUAGCCAAGUUAUGGUGGCAUCGCAGCUCGUCCGGAGCAGAAGUGGAAGCAUAACGGCGAACGAGAGAUCUUCACCGAGGAAGCCUAGCUCGAGUAGCAAAAGAUUCAUCAGAGGCAAUAACCGUUCAAGAUCGUCAAGAACAGCGCAAAGUAGUUCGGGUGCCACGUCACCGCCAGGCAUGAUGAAGAAGGUGCCUUCUGCGUGGGCUAUGUCGCCGGGAAGGUCAUCUCUUGGCUCACCGAUUGUUCCAAAGGCGGUGUCUGAGUCGCCCGCGAAAGCAAAUGGCGGUGGCGUGGUCAGCAAGGUGUUGAAUUACUGGAAGCAAAAAAAAGCUUCGGUAAUUGAAGAAGAAGGAUACCAUAGGUUUAGGAUUUUGCAUAACAGGCUUUUGCAGUGGCGCUUUAUCAAUGCUAGAGCUCACUUUGCCAUGGCUCGUUUCAAAACUGUAGCCGAGAUGCAACUCUUUUCUGUAUGGUUUCGAGCUCUCCAAAUAAGAAAGAUGAUAUUACAAAAGAGAAUUGAAUUACAAAAUGCCAAACAUGUGAUGAAGCUUUAUCAAAUAGUGAUUCCGCAAGAUUCCUUUCUUGAUGAAUGGGCAAAAUUGGAGAUAAGAAAUCAAGAACCUUAUGGGGGAUUGGAGAGGAAGUUGCUUGCACUAUCCACUACAAUGCCUUUGUCUCGCGAUCUUAAGGUUAAUACUGUGUCUAUGCGUGAAGCCUUGAACACAGCCACUGAAGUAAUGAAUCUCGUUGAACCAUUGAUCAUGAGAUUCCAAAUUCAGGUUUGA